AUGGGCUGCUUGCCGCCGGGAUGGUCCGGCAGGAAAUCGGCGAGGUUGAGCACCCGCCCCGCGAUAGCGCACCAGCAGUCCUUCUGCGCAUUACGCUUCGCCACGUCGGCCCGUGUAAUCGUGCGCGUGCCCCUCGCUGCUGCUGCUGCUGCUGCUGGGGCAGCGGCUUCCAGCGCGAUCGCCGCAGCUGGCGGUGCGGCCUUCGGCAGUGGCCUCAGCGGCGGCAACUGGCCCAGCGAGAGGUAUGAGCAAAUCGUGUCAAGGCGGUGGUUGGCGGCGGGCCCGAGAAAAGUGGCCAGCAGGUACCGAGCCGCCUCGGCCCCCGCAACGCAUCCAAAGACGACGCAGUCGAGCAGGAAGUUUCCUCCCAGGCAAUUUUGGCAGUGCACACCGUCGGCUGCCCCGCCAGCGCAGUAA